UUUCUCUCUUUUAUUUCUAGAGCAAAGCUCGUGUCGAAGUCAUGACGCUGGAUUUGGCUUCCUUGAGGAGCGUCCAAGAGUUUGCCGAGAACUUCAAAGCCAGGAAACUGCUUCUGCACGUGCUGGUGUGUAACGCAGCCGUCUGCACGCAGCCCUGGAGACUGACGGAGGACGGGCUGGAGUCCACCUUCCAGAUCUGCCAUCUCGCUCACUUCUACCUGGUGCAGCUCCUGCUGGACGUCCUGAGGCUGUCGGCUCCGGCCCGCGUGGUGGUGGUGUCUUCAGAGUCCCACAGGUUCACGGAUCUGGUGGACUCGUGUGGGAAGGUGGACCUGAACCUGCUGUCCCCCCCGCAGAAGCAGUACUGGUCCAUGCUGGCCUACAACCGUGCCAAACUCUGCAACCUGCUGUUCUCCAGCGAGCUGAACCGCCGCAUGGCAGCCUUCGGCGUCACCUCGAACGCACUGCAUCCUGGGAACAUGAUGUACACCUCCAUCCACCGCAGCUGGUGGCUCAUGACCCUGCUCUUCACCUUCGCACGACCCUUCACCAAGUCCAUGCAACAGGGCGCGGCCACUACGGUGUACUGCGCCGUGGCUCCGGAGCUGGAGGGAAUCGGAGGGAUGUACUUCAACAACUGCUUCCGCUGCUUGCCCUCUCCGCAGGCCCAGGACACCGCCGCCGCCCUGAGCCUGUGGGAACUCAGCGAGAGGCUCAUCCAGGAGAGAUCCACAUCCCCCUCAGGUGUCCGGACCAUGUGACCCCGCGGGGUCGCCUACACGGACGCAACGGCUACGUGGAGGAUUCAGGCAUUGGGUAAUCAUUGAUUGAAGGGGCAAAAACGAUGAGAAGAUGCAAUUCUAGACUGUACAAGGAUGUUGGCGAGCAAGCCCGGAGGUUAUCUGAGAAUCGGAAACUAGAACCACACGGGCCGGGACUUCUACAGCUGAUAAAGAGAUGCAGGGAGACAGCGAGAGAUUCAAUUCAAUUGUGUCUCAAAGGCAUAGUCACUCAAUCCUGCAUUAGGCUUUAACUAGGUCUAGAUCACUCUAUAAAUGUCUCCUUAACAAGCAAUAAUGUUUGAAACGUCUUUAUAAGGGGUCUAUGUGGUUUAAAUGGAUGUUUACGGCAUACAAACACUCAUCUGCUCGGAGAUCAAUGUCAACCUUUACGUCUGUACAGAUAAAAAUGUUGAAUAAAUGUAACGGCCGCGUAACCUACAAAGACAUAAUGCAUGAAAUGUACAAUUUGUGAACUAUUUACAAACAUGGUGUUCUCACAUUGCUAAGAAUAAGCCUGUAUUGAUAUCCUGUACACAAUAUACACAAGCUGCUGUUUUGACCCCA